AUGGUCGGACGAGCCGCCCGCGUCAUUAGGAGGGAGCGAGACGCUGCGGGGAGGGCGAAGGAUGAGCAGCAGGACGCCAGCUGAUCCGCGCAGCAGCGGAGUCGGGCCGGCAGAGAUCCCGGGGAGGGGAGCAGGAGAGCAGCGGGGUGAUGAAUCGGAGAGAUGACACGAGGCCCGGGAUGCGUAGAUUUUGCUGCAUGACUCACGACGUCACCACCAGCGGCAGCCGGGGCACCGCGGCGGCGGCGGCGUCUCCACAAGACCGUCUCCCCCGAGCACCCAGCACCGUCGGAGCCGCCGCCAUACCGGGAGCCUAGCGGACAAGUCGCGGUCCGCGGCGGCGCGCCCUUGGCAAGGCCGGCCAGGACCCGCGCUGAGCCCCUGGCCUGCGCGAUCGCGCCGCGGAACUUCUCCGAGCCGAAGCGCGCAAGCCGGCGCGGAGGGGCCGGGGCUCCGCGAGCCGAGCCGCGUGAGCCUCGCGCGGAAGAACGAAGCGCAGAGCGCCCAGCCGCCGAGCGAGCGCGGAGCAGCAGACCAUGCCCUAAGGAGGCGCGCCGGGAGAGGUCCGCGGCUGGCUCGCACCAUGCACUGACUGUCUAGCCCGCCCGCCCGCCGCCGCCGCCGCGUCCCGGGAGAAGCCGGCGCCAUGGAGAAGGCAGGCUCGCUGCACGCCUCGGUGCCCACGCCGCCGACGCGCCUCUACCUGCCGCGCAACUUCAGCUGCAGCGCCUGCCUCUACAGCAGCCUGGCCGACCACUGCAAGGGCGGCUGCAGUCCGGAGCCCGAGCCGGUGGAAGCGCUGCCGGCCCCGCAGACGCCCCGCUGCUCCUCCUCGCCGCCUCCUGCGCCGCCCGUGACCUGCGAGGCGGCAUGUGGAAAGCAGCAGCCGCCGCCGCCGGCCCCGCUGUCGCCCCCUCCUCCUCCUCCGCGCUCGCCCUCGCCGCCUGCCGCCUCGCCGGCGCCUCUCUCGCCCUCUUCCCGCGGGAGGGAGCCCACCCUGCCGUCGGUGCCUCCCAGCCCGACGCUGCGCCGGCGGGCCAAGUCGCUGCCGACGCCCGGCGAGCGGGGCUUAAGGCCGGCCCUGCAGCAGAGCCCCUCGCGCCGCAAGACGGUGCGCUUCGCCGACUCGCUGGGCCUGGAGCUCACCGCCGUGCGCCACUUCUGCCAGGCCGACGUGCCGCAGGUGCCGUCGCCGCCGCCCCCCCAGCCGCUGGCCGCCUCGCCCCGAGGAGGAGGCGCCGCCGCCGCCGCCGCCGCCGACCUGCUCAAGACGCGCAAGCCGCCCGCGCUGGGCGAGCUGGAGCCGGUGCUCUUCGGGCCGCCGGCGCCCGUGCUGGAGCCGCUCUUCCCGCCGCAGCCGGGCUCCGCCGCGGGCUUCCUGGAGCGCGUCCGGCAGCAGAAGGUGAAGCUGGAGUGGGUCCGCCCGGAGGCGGCCGCUCUGCGCGGCGCCGUGCGCGUCCUCAACGUGGCCUACGAGAAAGCCGUCUCGGUGCGCUACACGCUCAACCGCUGGGCCAGCUGCAACGAGGUGCCGGCCUCCUACCUGCCGCUGCCUCCGCCCGUCGCCGGCCAGGGCGGCCUCACCGACCGCUUCGCCUUCCACUUGCCCGUGGGCGCGGGCACCACGCUGCUGGAGUUCGCCGUGCGCUACCGCGUGGCCGACACCGAGUACUGGGACAACAACGACGGCAACAACUACAAGCUGCGCGGCAGGCAGAGGCCCGCCGCUUCCUCCGGCCACGAGCCGGGCGGCGGCGGCGCCUGGAUCCACUUCAUCUGAGGCGGGCGGGCACGCCGGGUUGCCAGCCGGCGCUCCUAGGGCCCUCCUAGAUGUCAGCGGGGGCGAGCCCUCCCUGGAUACGUGGCUGGCAACCCUUGCGCCCCUUUGGGCUAGGAAGGAGGGCUCUUUAAGUGCUGCGGCAUGGACGGGGCGGGGGCGAUGGCCAUCUCUUUACGCCUCUCCCAGGAGACUUUUGGCCCCGCCAGUGGAUGGUGCAGAAGACGGAGUCUCACGCCAUUCCCCACUUUAGGGCACUCAUCUUCUUUCCAUUUGCAUCGUGUGUUGUUGUUGUUGUUGGAUUUCACUCCUACCAGUCGGGGAUAUGCCAGAAGCUUCUCUAGCCACCGCUGAGUGGCCUCCUGUCCCCAACCAACAAUGCAAGCAGACUUGCUGCUCUAAGCCUGCUCCUAAGGAGUUCUCAACCUUGGCUCCCCAGAUGAUGUUGGACUACCCUUCCCAUCACCCCCGGCCACAAUGGUGUUGGGAAGGGUAGUCCAACCACCUCUUGAGACCCAAGGUUGAGAACCCCUCUUUUAACAGGAAGCAAGUGGGAGACCUCUGGCCCAUGUCCUGGUUGUACCACUCUUAAACCUCCGACCUCCCUCUACCAACAUUCCUUUCACCUUGAAAACUGGCCUGCAAGGGCAAGGGAUGGGGCAGACUCUUUGCCCUGACGCCUUGGCUUUCUGUGGGGAGGCAAUCCUUGUUUCAGCAAAGGGUUCUCCAUCACAAGCAGAGUCCAUCUGCCCUGUGACCGGUGGUACAACCUAGACACAGAUCUACCAUGUCUACGAGAACUGGGCCUCAGUGAGGUACAGGAUGCAUACAUAAUUUGAGCUGUGAGCCUUCUGCGGAAGCCCAUCCGCAGCACGUUUCGAUGUAUGGCUUCCCAGACUGAGUCUGAGGGGAACUGGCUCGGUGCUUUGGCAGCAGUAAUGGGCUUUGCACAGUGCUUAUUGGCUAGAGCCUGGCAAGUCAACAACCCAUCUUCCCUUCUCCUCCCCAAAACAGUUUUUCAGCGCUUAAUAAUUUGAUUAUGGUUUUUUUUUUAAAGGGAUACUGUGUAAAUGUCCACUUAAUGGUGCAUUAAAUGUGCACAUGGUUGCUUUAAAAAAGGAGAGAGAGUGUGUGCUUGAGUAUGCGGGAGGGCAACAGACCACCGAAUAGUGAUUUGCCAGCCUGUACAUCUGUCUAAUGCACUGCAAAGCUGGGGGAAAGCCAGCCUUGGGCUGCGGGGGCGGGGAAUACUGCAGCAAGUCUUAAUGUUCAUAUUUGUAUGCACCCCUACUUCAAUGUGUUUAGGGCUGGCUGUAUUGAUGGCUUCAGUUCACAAGCUGCACUGGAAGCCACAGUCUCUAGAGGGUGUGGACCUCUCUUCCAUCAGUUGAGCUUGACAUAGCCCAAUCCUCGCUGAGGGUUCUGCGGGCUUGAGAGGUUCCCAGGGGACUUUAUUUCAGGAUCAGGAGAGAUCCACUUUCCUCCUGCCCCUCGGCCUUCUCUCGCUCGAGUGGGCCAGGCAUGGCUUUGACCACGAGACCUCCUCUGCUGUUCUCACGGGUAUCUUUUCCUCUGUGGUUCUUCACUCACUUUCUCUGAGUUGUGAGAUGUGUUCAUUAUAUUUAUACACCGCCAGAUGAUAUUUUCAGAUUUGUGUGUUUCCAAGUAAAUACAGAUGGUUUAUAUUUUA